AGCCCAGCAUUAGUCGAUCUCGAUCUCCCCCGUGUAUCCCUUCGGCCUCCGACUCCCCUCCCGUCUCCUCGCGCCGCCGCCGCCGCCGCCGAGCAGCGCCGAUCCCCACCCACCCCGGCGGGCAAGCGGCGCCGGCGUCGUCCUGCUCCCCACACCCAGCCGCCGGUGGGCACACGCACCGGGGAUGGAGAAUCCAUGGGGGGCGAUGGGAGAAAACUAUGCCCCGUUGCAUUUCGCAGGGGCGGGAACGUGUUGCCAUCCCUAGCUUCUCUUCUAUAUCUGGAAAAGCUAAAUCUUUGCCUAACCCAACUACUACUAUUAGCUGUUUGUUUCCAAGGAGGUUCUUUUCGGGUGGGGGAUUAGUUUGGCUGAUCCGCCAUGGCCAUGCCCGCACGUUAAGUUAGCCUCUGAGUCUCGAGAGAGAGAUCCUAGCAACUAUGGUGAUCCCUCCACCGGAAAGGGCGGCUAGGAUCACGCGCUUUCUGAAGCCCUACCUUCUGAGGAUGCAUUUCUCGAACAAGUAUGUAUCCGCUCAGGUGGUUCACACCCCAACGGCGACGGUCGCCUGUUCCGCGAGCUCGCAGGAGAAGCUGCUGAGGCCGAACAUGGAGUCCACUCGCGAUGUCGCUGCCGCUGCCAAGAUCGGUAAGCUGCUCGGCGAGCGGCUGCUGCAGAAGGGCAUACCCGCUGUGUGCAUCCACAUGAAGAGAGAGCAGAAGUACCAUGGGAAGGUCAGGGCUGUCAUUGACUCUGUUAGAGAAGCUGGAGUCAAGCUGUUGUAGUCUCUAAAACAGUAGAAUCUUUUAUUAAAAUUUCUGCAAGCUUGUUCCUCUGAAUCUCAGGCAAAAUCUGAAAGAUGUCGGAUCAGACAGGAAAUUUUCAUUUCGGUAUUGAGGGCUAGAUGGCCUAUGUGGAGAUGUUCCUGGUGAAUAAAGGAUUUUGUACUAUUGACUACUGGGACAAAAAAAAGUUAUUUUAUCAUCGGUAACUUUACUCA